CAGGAAAGACGUGUUGUGUGUUCUUACUGUUCUAGUUAGCCCACACUAACAAUAUUUUUACUGAACUAAUGGCUCUAGGUUUAGGACUUUUUGCGGUGUAAUAGUGAGUUUAUGAAAAAGGUUUUAUCACAAUUGUUUAUAGGCUUUAAAUCAACAAUGUUAUUUCUUUUAACCACAACAGAAAUAAAAUUUUAAACACAUUUCGCUAGUUUGCUGUAUGGCUGUGACUCGACUGCUGCAGAAGAGAAGAAAAUUCAAUGCGAAGUUGUGAAUAUUUCUUGUUGUCAGCCACAACACUGUGACAGUUCAACUUACACAGACUAGUUGUUCACUACCAAAUGUAUCAACCACUGCAUAUGUGUGAGGGAUUAAAAAACUUGAGUUUGGAUUAACUUGAUGGAUCCUUUCCUAUGGACUAUGUUUGCAAUGCCUCAUCUUACAGACUUGCUAGAAAGGUAUGCACAGAAAGCAUUCAGACCUAAUCGCUAAGUUGACACUGAGCAUCAGUAGAGUUCAUCAGACUAUGGGCAAGGUCCUUCCUGAGGGUGAGAUGCCCCCAGACAGCAGCCAGUAUCAGUUAUCUUUAGCGGAUCGGAUGAAUUUUAGUCCUGGUCAAGGCAGCAGUGCUUACCAUCCAUUGGACGCUGCUGGGGAGGUGGGGGGAGCCUCAGACCCCAAGAGGAAGAAAGGAAAUGGAGUGGAGGGCAAGAGUAUAGAGGAGGAGCUGUGCCGAAUCUGUGGGGACCGGGCCUCAGGGUACCACUACAAUGCCCUCAGCUGUGAGGGCUGUAAAGGAUUCUUUCGCAGAAGCAUUACAAAAACAGCUGCAUACAUCUGCAAGUAUGGGGGAAAUUGUGAAAUGGACAUGUGGAUGCGCCGCAAAUGUCAAGCCUGUAGAUUACGUCGAUGUAGGGAGGUGGGGAUGAAGGAAGAAUGUUUACUCUCAGAAGACCAGUGUAAAGCUAGAGAUGCCAGGCGCAAAGCCAAGCGUUUUGUCCCAAAAAAAGAGGUCCACAGUCCAGACAGCUAUGGCGCCAGUUCAGAUAUGGACACCAUGCCCAUGAUGCCACAGCUGGACAUCAAGCCAGUUCUGCUGUCCUUUCCUUCCACAGCUUCCACCUCAUCAGGUGCAGGCUCCCCGUGUUCUUUUACUGAUGAAUCCGUUGACCCGAUGAGGAAACUUACCACAGAGCAGCGGGAAGCUAUAGAGAAACUGGUUGCAUUACAAGACAAGUAUGAAUUUGCUGAUGAGGAAAAAUAUGACGAAGCCCUGAAAGAUUUUGAUUCCACCAAAACUGAUACAAUAGACCCCAACAGUUUUGUCAACUCCAUGGCAUCAACUUUUAUCAUAAUCACUCAGCUGAUUGUAGAGUUUGCUAAAGGACUCCCUGGCUUUCUCACCUUACGGAAAGAAGAUCAAAUAACUUUGCUAAAGUCAUCAUCUACGGAGGUGAUGUCCAUCAGAGCAGCCCGGUGUUAUGACAUAGAGUCUCGAGCCAUUGUCUUUGCUAAUGGUCAGCCUUGUGUGGUGGACAACAUGAAAGCUGCUGGGUUUGGCCAUUAUGCUGAGCUCUUGUUUGAGCUGUGCCACAACUUGGCAUCAUACAGAACAGAUAAUGCUGAAUACGCCUUGUUUACUGCUAUAUGUAUCUUCUCAGAACGACCUGGCCUAGAAGAUAAAGAAAAGGUGGAGAAGAUCCAAGGGACAUAUGUGGAACUGUUGCAGGCAUAUGAGACAGCCAAGCGGGGCAGAGGAGGAAACGCCCUGGCCCGGUUCCUCACCCGCUUGUCAGAUUUGAGAACAAUCAGUGUAGAGCACUCCAAAGUUUUGGUGGAGUGGGAUGUUAAAAAAGAUGGACCGGAUGUUCCUUCCAUCAUUAAGGACAUUCUUCUGUUGCCUCCUGAGGGAAACUAAGACAUGUUGUUGGUUAUUCUCCUGGAUAUUUAAACUGACAUGUUACUGUGGGUUGUUCCAUUUCUUGUUAUAAUAUUGUAAAAAAUGACAGUUCAAACUGGAAGAUAUCUUUUGAAAAAAGCUGGUGAAAAGAAACUGUGACUUGAAUUUGACUUCUUCAGAUAAUGCUCAAUGCUUUGGAUAAAUUUGUAAACAGUUUGAGUGAAUGUAUUCUUCAGUGUAAAAUUGGAAUAGUGUGUGCAAUAAUUCUUCAAUAUGAAUCAGACCAAUGUGGUACUCUCAAGCUAGAAACCCACCAUUGUCAUCAUGACGCUGGCCAUUUUGGUACUCUCAGAACCAGAAGCCUACCAUUGUUUAUAAACAAAUAAGCACUGUAAGAUCAUAUAAAAAAAACAAGUGCUGUUUACCCUACGUGCUGGAAAUAUGGUUUGAUUCUUUUUGGAAUGUUUGGAUUUGUUUCACAAGUACUCUAAAAGAGUAGGAGGUUGUGUGACUUGUUUCAACAUAAUGGAUAUUGUAGCCGGGAGUGCUUAGAUUGAAAUAAGACUGCUGUUGAACUCAGUUACAGGUAAUGAAAACUGUUUUAUACUACCAUGACCUAGUACAGUUUGUAAUAAAAAAUAUAGUGUCUUGGAUUUAUCUUUUAGAGAAAGGAUUCUAUGCUAAGAAGUGGUUGUGUAGAAGGUGAAGAGUAUCUUAAGGUAAAUCUUUGAGGACUCGUUGUUUCUACUCUACUUUGAAGAACUGAUAUUGGGACUUAGUCUCCAGCCUUGUCAUCAUUCAGUUCUCAUAGUUUUUCUUGUGAGGAUUAUAUAACCACAGUGAGACCAGUGCUUGCUUUUGCUUCAAGUGGUUUUUUUGGGUAACCUUCAUGUCAGUGGCAGAUUAUUUGUGUGCCUAAAAAAAAGUUUUGCUUUAUGCAAAAAUAUUGUUUUGAUUAUUCAAAUAGCAGCUUACAUUUUACCACAUUGAAGUGAGUAAAUGCAUAAUUUCUUUGUGAAGGUAAAAAAAAUGUUUAUUAAUAUAAUUAUAUUGAAUCAUAUAGAGUAAAUAUAAAUAGUUGUCAAUUUUUAAUUAGUUAGUUUUCCAUUUAAUUUUAUGGUAUUAAUUAGCAAACAUUUUGCUCUAUAGUAUUGAUAUUUUUUAAAAAUAUUGUACUAUUUAGAAUUUUUAAAUUUGAGAAAGCACAUUUUUUAAUUAGCUAUAUUCCUUUUUAACUCACAUUUUCAUUUUUAAAAUGUAAUAUUUCAUUGAAAUUAUCAUUCUAAAAACCAUUAAGUUUUAGAUUUUACUUUGAGCUGUAUUUAGUGUACCUGCUGCUAUAAAGCUAUUACAUUGCUGUACCUUUGAAAUGUGUUUUAGUAGUCUGUUUCUGAAUGCAUGUUAUACUAUACUAGCUUCAAAACCUUGACCUUUUAAGUAGGUCAAACAGACAAACAUGACACAGGCAUUAUGCUGACCUCAUUUCCCCUUGUUAUCAGUUGGGAGAUUGUCUGCUUUAUGCCAAGCUCAUCAGUUGAAAUCAUCAACACUUUUGAGGCAUUUCAUAUUUAUAGUGCUUCAAGACUUAAAAUAGCUUCAUUGAAUUAAAUUUUUCUAGCAAAUUUAUUUUAAUAAUGUUAACAACUUGUACUUUUCCUUUUUUUAAGUGUGAAGUUCACCAACUUCUAGCAAACUUGUUGGUUUUUUUAAAGCUUUACUUUUCUAUUUGCAGACUAUAAAUGGCAACCUCUUUCAUGUAGGGCCUUUUAAAAAUGAAUCUGAAUGUUUUUUAAAUUAAAUUUACCAUUCUAAAGUAGUAGUUUGGCUGUGAAAAUUACAUUUAAUUUUACAAUUUAAGAUAGUAUAAUUUUUAUUCGUAUAGGUAUGAUUUUUAUAUUUUGAGUACUAAAAUAUUUUUAAAUUAAUGAUUUAAAAAAAAAUCUUUUGAGAAAACAACUAUCAGGCUGUUUAAAAAAUUCUGAGAAUUUAAAUUUUUAUCAUCUUUGAAAUCAAUUUUAAAUUUUUGUUUACAUAUAUACAUAUAUAUCUUUUAAUUGUUACCAUCUUUUUAAAAAUUAUAAAAUAGUUUCAAAUUUUUAAAUUACUUUUUGAACUUUCAGUCAAUAGUUUAUUUAAACAAAUAUGCUUCUGCCCUACACAAGCUUGUUUACUCAAUUACAGGACCAUUACAGUUAUUUCAUUUGACUUUCACAAUAGUGCAAAUCGAGUUUUGGUAUUUGGGUAGAUCUAGUUAAUAUUCUCUCACACAUAGAGCUUCUAUCUCCAUUGUUGCCAUCAGAGUUGUAGAUUUGGGACGUCCUUCACCUUGCACAUUAUUAGCAUGACUUUAAAUUGGAUUUAGUUUAGUUCAAAUACACAAACAUGCUUAGUUUUAAAAACCAUACAAAUGCAGCAAGUAUACUAAAAAUAUUCUUGAAAAUGUUUUCUUUUUGCUUAAGUUGGUUAUCCCAACCUACCAAGGUUGUGGUUAUCCCAACCUACCGAGGUUGUGGUUAUCCCAACCUACUAAGGUUGUGGUUAUCCCAACCUACUUAGGUUGUGGCUAUCCCAACCUACUAAAGUUGUGAUUAUCCCAACCUACCAAGGUUGUGGUUAUCCCAACCUACUAAGGUUGUGGUUAUCCCAACCUACUUAGGUUGUGGUUAUCCCAACCUACUAAGGUUGUGGUCACCACUGCAACUGUUGGUAAUCAUGUUUUGUGUUUCAUACGGUGUCAAAACUCAGGUAAUGAAGCAUAUAUAAUUCUAUAUGUAAAUAUAUAUAUAUAAAUAGUUUGUGUGUCUACAGUUUGUUACUACACUGCUUGCUCAAUAUGAAUAUUGUUUUCUUUUUUAAAGUUGUUAUUUUUAUUUUGUUGUCCUCAUCGUCCAUACAAUGGAAGGCUACCUUGCAUAAAUAAAUAUUCAUCUAUUUUUAUUGACUUAUGAAAUAUUUGAUGUGUUGUCAAUACAGUUGCCUUGAGUUUGCCUUGUGGCAAAUUCAGCUCUCACUCUUGUUCAUUAUUCAAAUGCUAUUACUUAGUUAUGCUGGGACUCCUUGCAAAUUGUUCUGUUAAUAGCACAUGAUUGGUUCAAGUUUUUAAACUACAUACUCCAUGUUUUUGUUCACACCUAUGUGGUUUUUCAUUAUUCUUUAUGAUUGUAAUAAAGGAAAAUGACUAUGUGAUAGUGUCAACAAUUGUGAUUAACAUGAAUGAGAAUUCAACAUUUGCUAACCUAUUCUGUUUAUAAACAAUGGAUGUGUUUUGUUAGUGUUCACUUGCUAUUAAUUGAGUUGUAUUGUGUACUUGUAUUGAUUUUUAAAAUGUUCAACCUUAGCUUCACUAACAUGCUGAGACAUUUGAUCUGUAUAUAGACAAUAUAAUGUUGUUCAACUUACACUAGACAAGUAUGAAUGAAAUUAGUGUAUUUGUGCAUGCCAUUGCUUAACUUCUGCUUCCUCUCAUUUUUCCAAUUUACAGCAUGCAAAAAUUACUUUAGCCCACAAGACUGAAAAGUGAAAUGGUAGCUUUUUGUGUUCAAUACAACUAGCACAAUGCUUUCAAACAUUCCAGUUAACGUAAGAGAAAAAACAAAGUAGAUCUGUUUUAAUUUCAGGGCUAAACUUUGAGUUGGUUAACAAGUAAAUAUAUAGUGGUGGAAAAACAGGAUUAUGCACAACAUAAGUUUACCUUUACACCUGGUUUCUUUCAGAAGUUGAUUUCAAAGUGCAGUUAUUUAAAUUCAAUGACAACAGCCUAUGUUAUUCAAGUAAAUUGUUAAUGAACAAAGUGGCAACUGGUGGUGUUGGGGCAGACCAGUUCCCACCUGUGGUUUCACCUACAAAUAGAUAUUCUAAUUACCUGAUUUUUUGUUACAAAAAUGUGCCUUAGAUUUACAAUUAACAACAGUGCAGUUAAUGUUAGAAGUGGCCAGGUAUUAUGUUAUUAAAACUUAAAUAUAAAAAAAAAAUAUACAUUAGUUUUAGUAAAAUAUUUACCAUAAUUUGAGUAACAGCUAAAGUAAUUGUUUUCUUGUUUUAAAAUUUGUAUUGCAGCAUUUAGUUUAUGAAACAAGAAAUAAAUACCUCUAUAACAGUAAUUAAUUAUAUUUUUGCUUGUAUGAUUAGUGACUUGUUCUUAUGAAUUUUACUUAGAUCUAGGUUUUUCCCAGCAUUGAUAAUUGUCAAAGCUAAAUCACAUAGGUUGAACCAACUAGAAUCAGGUUUAAACACCUGUCAGUCCACAUCAUCCAACAUUAGUUUUUAGGAUGUUCUAAUUGCUUGAACCAGCUAGAAUGUUUACCCAUCUGUCAGCAGAUGACAUUACUUGACAUAAACACUGUAACAGGGCUGUCAUCAAACUUUUUUUUUUCAAACAUUUUUUGGGUGUACAAAUGUGGCAGCUAAUAUUUUUUUUUUUACAUUGCAGUUAGAAAUGGGGGUUUUUCUCUAAGAAAAAAAUUAUUUUAUUUCUUAUAUAAUGUGUAAUUGUUUGUUGUGGAAAUUUUGAAAAUUAUCUUCGCUCUCUACACUGACAAAGUGGUCGUCCAUUAUUUGCUUGCAAUCUUAAUUGUCUCACAUCCUAACAAAAAGUCUGACCCUUACCCCACUUCCACCUCCCUUGAAUGUCACAAGUUAGCCUACUUCCUCCACAAUUGUUGUUUUUUCUGUUUUGAAACAGAAAUUUUCUUCUAAAAUAUUAAUUUAGCUGGGUCAAGAUAAAGUAAAUUAAUCAAUUUUUGUUGCAAUUUACAAAAAAGGCUUUAAAAUUGCAAAAUAACUGACUGAACUGCUAAGAUUGAUUUUUAAAUUAAAAGUGAUGUCAAACCCCAAUCACAUAACUCCACCCCUAGGAAUGUGAUGUUAUCAAUGGAGGACCACAAAGUUUGAAAGUUAAACACGUGUUUUAUAAGCUUAAUCUAGUACUAAAAAUUCUUGAAGGUUGUAGAAUAUUUGCAUAUUUAACCAAUUAUUUUUAGUAUGUCUUAUCUUAUUUCAAUGUAUAGAAUCUUAAAACAUUCAAUUGUGAAAUAUUAUUCUGUUAAUUUUUUUUUUUUCCUGUGCCUUUAUUUGAAGCCUUGUCUGAAACUAGGCAAGCAACAAAGACCAAAUGUUUGUUAAACCUAUGCUCUCUUAUCUUCAACUAGUCUCUUACUUUUGGAGUAGAGAUAGGAAAAUAAAGGAACAUUGACUUAGUGUUUUGGAUAGUGUGUUGGCUAGUGAUUACUUCUUAUACUGUAUGUGUGUUGAUAUGUAACUUGUACUUAACUAUGUAAUGAUGAGUUGAAAGUUCAAUUAGUUUCUCAGAAGAUAAAAGCAUAGCUCAUGUACUUAGAGAUAGUGCAAUAAGUUUAGAGAAUGACAAGUUUAUCAAGAACUAUCCUUUGGCAAAAUUAAGGGCUUUGUAUUCUCAGACAUCUUCAAAUACACAUUUUAAAAUGGCUAGCCAAGUUAUCUAUUGACAACCAUCUUCUAAUUAGAAAAUAUUCGCUGCAAAUUUCUUUAAAAUGCACUAAAAUCUAUUUAAUAUUGUUCAAAAUUAAAUAAUAAUAAAAACGCUUUCUAACCACUUUUGGUACAUAGACACUAUAAUAUUUUAUUUAAACCUUGUAAUUGUAAAUAUAUAUUUGUUACAUGCUUGAAAUUGAAAGUAAUUUUGCAUUGAUUUCUUGCUUGAGUUGUUUUAAUGUAUGCUAUGGUUAGGGCAAUUCAUUGAACGUGUGUUUUGUUAUGCAUAUUUCCAAUUUAUGUACAGAAACUUCAUUUACUUUGAUAUUACAUGAGACACAAAUUAAAUAAAGUAACCUUGGAACAUCUGCAGAUGUUUAGUGUUGAAAUUAGAAUCAGCCACAUAUCUUCUGAUUCUGUAAACACAUUACAUUACUGUUACAAAAAAUUGAUCCCAUGCAUUAUGUAUAGGCAUGUACCUAAUGUUGUUUAAAAUGACUAAGAAUACUAAUGAACUAAUCUAUAAAAGAAAUACUGUAGGGCUGUGCCUUAUAAUUGACCUAGUAAAUCUGGGUAUAAUGGAAUGGAGGUUUAUUUCGUUUGGUCAAGUGUUUGAUUUGCUAGUUGACCUUAUGUUUUAUGUAUGUAUAGAGUGAAGUAUGAUUCAGGCAGCUAGAGGAGAAGAGGAUGCUUUGGUGGAAUAUUUACCACACACAUAGUGGUUUUUGUUUGCUUGCAUUAUCUGCUUGCUCAUGUAACUUUUUUUUAAAAGAAAAAUUCUCUUGACAAUUUUAAAUUGCUUGGUGUAAUGCUGUAGAUGUCCAGUUGAAAAUAUUUUUUUUGUAAAUACUUCAUUGUAAUUAACAUAUCAAUCAGUUGUGUUGAAACUAAAAAAAUGUGCAAAGAGUUUUUUUCUUGAGAAAAUUAGCCACCAAUAUUUGCCUCUGUAUCACCUACCAUUUUAUUGUUUGAUGUCUGGGAGUUGUUAAUGUUAUCAGCUACUUUGUUCCAUUUUUUCCGGUUAUAUUUAAUUUUCUGUAACUCCCUUCAGCUAACAUUAUAUAACUAUGUAUUGACAAGUAUUCUUAUGUACUAGAACUAUUUUCAGGGCUGGUAACUCUGUAUUUACAUUUGUUUAUUUUAAGUAGGUUGCAAUAAAAAAAAAGUAGAAUAGCAAUUUUCAUAUCACAUAUGCCCCUAUUGGGAGAGUUUUACUUUUACAUUAAACAAUUAAUUAUUACAAUACUCCAAAAAUAUAGAAAGAAAAACAAAUUUAUAUAUAUAUAUAUAUAUAUAUAUAUAUAUAUAUAUAUAUAUAUAUAUAUAUAUAUAUAUAUAUAUAUAUAUAUAUAUAUAUAUAUAUAUAUAUAUAUAUAUAUCAACUUAUUUAACCAUCAGGUUAGGGUAAGUAAACUUGAAUUUAUAUGUUGGUUGUCAAGGUAAAUUGAGUUAAUUUCAUAGUAAAAAGAUACUCAUUCCUGCUUUUUGUUUUAGCCCCACUGAGAAUAGUUCUAGUCUGAAAUGUUUUGAAACGUGUAAGUGGACAAUUACAUUAUAUAGUAGUCCAUAACAUUUUUUAUUCUUUUUGAAUUUUUGUUUGUAAGUUAUCAGAAAAGAAUUAACAUCUGUGCUGGCUUACAUAAUACACACUAUUUUUGUGUAAAUAACCCGGUCUAAAAUAAACAAUAGUAGU